AUGAAAUCUUUUUCUAUACUUUCUGCAACUCUACUCACUCUUUUAUCAGUAUCUGCCUUGAGCUCACCUGAGUUGAUCGAGAGAGAAGAUAUCAAAGAAAAUUCCAUUGGUAAUUGUCAUUUUCAUGAUACAACUCAAUUCUGCACUGAUCUGCAUGGAACAGAAGGUGAGAUAAUCCCUUCGCCAGAAAAGGACCAGGCUCCUACUAGUUAUUCUGGUUGUCACCUGCAUGAUGAUCAAACAUUCUGUUUAGAUCUGAAUGGGAAAGAAAUUGAGUUUGUUGCAGUUGAAAAUGAAAAGGAAGAUGAAGAAGAAGAAUCUCAUUCUCAUGCCUCAUAUAACGUAACUGGCUGCCAUUUCCAUGGAGACGAACAACAUUGUAAGCAUGAUGAGAUUGAGGGAACGAUUGUACCAUCUCCAGAAAAGUCUGACGGUGCCCCAAAAAGCUAUUCUAACUGCCAUGCACAUGGAGAAAAGACAUUCUGUUUAAAAGAAGACGGAAAAGAAGUUGAAUUUGUGGUCGAAUCUACCAAUUCAACAACUUCCUCUGCUGUUAGUUCUACAAUGGGUAUCACUUCCUCCGUCAAAACGUCAUCCCUUAAUGGAGCUAUCAAUGUGCAAGGUGCAUUCUUUUUACAGUUUGUUGCUCUCGCACUUGCACUCAUUUAA